CUCGCACCACGCAGCCAAUCCUCACAUUCAUCCACCCCCUGAUUCUAAAGCACAAUGCUUCCCAAAACCAUCUUCACCAUCCUCACCACCCUCGCCGCGGCGCAGGCCUCCCCGCUCGCUAAACGCGCUGUUGUCCCCCACGACAGCAUCACCCCAUUCCCCGAAACGGUCCCCGACGACGCCGUCGGCAACACGUUCAAGAAAUUUGAGCCCUACCUCCAUAUCGCCCAUGGCUGCCAAUCCUACCCCGCUGUCGCUGCUAACGGCGAUACCAGCGGAGGUCUCCAAGACACCGGAAGCGCAACCGGCGGCUGCCGCGACCAGUCACGGGGUCAGACCUACGUGCGUGGGGGCUGGUACAACGGCCGGUACGGGAUCAUGUACGCCUGGUACAUGCCCAAGGACAUGCCCACCAGCGGGGUCUCGACGGGGGCGCACCGCCACGACUGGGAGAACGUGGUCAUCUGGGUGAACAACCCCAGCAACGCCAGCCCGACGGUCCUCGGGGGCGCCGCCUCGGGCCACGGGAAGUAUAAGAAGACGACCAGCCCGCCGCGCCAGGGCGACCGGCCCAAGGUCGAGUACUUCACCAGCUUCCCGACCAACCAUGAAUUGCAGUUUACGGAGACGCUGGGCCGCGAUCUGGCGCUCGUGGCGUGGGAUUCGCUGCCGCAGGCCGCCAGAGAUGGGUUGGAAGGGGCGGACUUUGGCAAGGCGACGGUGCCGUUUAAGGAUGCCACGUUCCUGAACAACCUGGCCAAGGCGGCGCUGUAGGCUAAUCUCCGGAGAGAGGGACUCGUUCCACUUGCUGAGGGCUGUGGAUAAGUGAUACGGGGAAUAUCUAGCCUUUUGCGCCUCUUUAGAGCCUAAAUCGUAUGUGUUGCGACCCGCGAAAUCCUUCAUCCUAGAAAGCUACUUUUC